AUGUCUUCGCCUGCUGUAUACAAUCUUGGUAAUGCACCAGUUACAGCUCAUUCAUUUAACAAGAAUCAAUUGGUUGUUUGCCAAAACACGAAUGAUGCUCAAAUUUAUCAAUAUGGUCAUUCUAAUUCUACAUUAGAAGCGACUUUAAAAGGUCACGAUAAAGUUAUUACCAGCAUUGAUUUUGCUCCAAAUACAAAUCGUAUUGUAACUUGUUCUCAAGAUAGAAAUGCUUAUGUUUGGACAAAUGAAGGCGGUACUUGGAAGCCAGGGCUUGUAUUAUUACGUAUUAACCGUGCUGCCACUUAUGUUCGCUGGUCACCUAAUGAAGAAAAGUUUGCAGUUGCUAGUGGUGCUCGCUGUAUUGCUGUAUGCUAUUUUGAAGAAGAUAAUGAUUGGUGGGCCAGUAAACAUUUAAAGAAACCUAUUCGUAGUACUGUACUUUCUCUUGAUUGGCAUCCUAAUAAUGUUUUGUUGGCUGCUGGUUCUGCCGAUAUGAAAGCUCGUGUCUUUUCUUCUUUUAUUAAAGGACUUGACAAAAGACCUACACCUACUAAUUGGGGAGAUAAGUUACCCUUUAAUACUGUUUGUGGAGAGUUUAGUAAUGGUCGUGGUGGAUGGGUUCAUUCAGUUGCUUUUUCUCCUUCUGGUGAUGCACUUGCCUUUGCUGGACAUGAUUCAUCUAUUAACUUAGUUUAUCCUCAAGCAGAUGGUCAACAUACUCUUUUAACUAUUCCUAGUAAUACACUUCCAUUCCGUUCACUCAUUUGGGCCAAUGAACGUCAAAUUAUUGCAGCUGGUUAUGAUUGUUGUCCCGUUCUUUAUGAGACACAAGAUGGUCAAGAUUGGCAUUUUUCAGGAUCUCUUGAUAUUGGACGUAAAAAGGUUUCUCAAACAACCUCUGUCUUGUCUCGUUUCAAGACGAUGGAUUCCCGUGGCGAAGUUGAAAAUGAUACUACUUUAAACACGAUUCAUCAAAAUACCAUCAAUGAAAUUCGAGUUUACUCUGGUGAUCGAUCUAAUGUCACUCAAUUUUCCACUUGUGGAGUUGAUGGUAAAGUUGUUAUUUGGGACUUUGACCCUAGUCAACUUGUUGCAGAUCUUUCUUCUCUCAAGAUUUAA